UCAGUUUCAACUUCAAUUGUUCCACAUUUGGGCUACACAUUCCUUAUGUCAAACGGAUAAUUUAAGGUUAUGUGUUUGUUCUUCAAAAGGUGAUUGAUACAAUAUUUUCAAAGUGGCGAACGAUUUCUACCUUUAAAAUGAUGAAUAUUCCAAGAUCAACACUUCAACUUGGCAAUUUGCUGAAGCAUAACGCCCAUUCAAGAGUUUUAUCUGCAUUUGGUUUACGAGGUCGAUGUUAUGCUACUGAAGUGGCUCAAUCAGCCGGUGAAACGCCAAAGAAUGCUAGAGAAAGUUCAACUGACCAGUCCGCAUCCAUCCCAGCAAAUAGUAGAUUUGUGUAUCCAGAAUUUUUGCCAGAUCCAGAUCCAAAAUUUCGAAACCCAAUCCGAGAAAAAUUGGAACGUAUGGACAUGAUCAAUCGCAGAGCGCACAUAGACAUUCCGGAAUUUUAUGUGGGUUCGAUAUUGGCAGUGACCACAUCCGAUAAGCAUUCAAUCGGUAAAACUACACGUUUCGUGGGCCUUUGCAUCGAUCGUGGUUUUUGUGGUCUGCGUUCGUUCUUUGUAUUGCGAAAUGCCAUUGACAACCAGGGUAUUGAAGUCAAAUUUGAACUAUACGAUCCGACAGUGCAAAAAAUUGAGGUUUUGCUAUUGGAAAAACGUCUCGACGACAAACUUUACUAUCUACGGGACGCUCCAUUAGAGUAUAGCACAAUCGAUGUAAACAUGGAAGCAAAACACCAUCCUGAAGGCGAACCAGUUCCUGUUAAUCCCAUUCAAGUGACUUUGCGGCCACGGCCAUGGAUGCAACGAUGGGAACGUAAGAAUUUGAAGGGAGUGAAACGAGAAAGUAUCGAUCAACAUAUUACGGACAAAAUGCGCAAACAGCAGAAAGAACGUGAAGAACCAUGGCUACAAUGGGAUAUGAUGAGACAUUAUCGCUCAGCAAUCCCUGAAGAAGAACAACUGGAGAUCUAUUCCGAAAUUUAUCCAGCAUUGAACAAAUUGAAACAACAACGAAAUGUGCAGAAAAAAUCGAGAAUGUUUGUUAAACCGAAGAAAUCCAACUAAACCAUUUCAGUUUGUUCAACUUGUAGAUAAAAAUAAAAUUAUGUUAAUUUUUACAUGAAUCAAAAUGUGUUAAUAAAUUCGAUACAUAGGUCUAAAAC